GUCGGCGUCACCGCGUGUAUAAAACUGCCUUCUACUCUAGACUUGUAGGUCAUCGCUGGUUCUGUUUUUUUCUGGUACAAACUUAUCCUCGUUUUUUCCCGAACAAUUGAGAUUCACUCCGAAAUCUCAAUUUACAAAUCUGAACUCCCCUGAAUUAGUAAUCGUAUACCGUCAAAAUAAUAGACGGAGUAUAUAUUAAAUAUUCAUAAUCCCAUGAUGAUUUAUUCGUGUAUGAUUGAAGGGGGUUAUACAAUGGAUGGAAUUUGUGGCGUGAAACGGACGCGAGAGAAUCUUGAUCUUUCUUCCUCUGAGCCGAAGACCCACAAGUUGCAAAAGGUUUAUGCUUUGCGCGAUUUUCCGGAAAAUCCCGGUCUUCUUGUCAAAGAAGAUGAGUUCAGUGACUCUGAACAAUAUUCUGAUGGUCAUGAACAUUCUGCUGCAGAAGAAGGACUCUGGGGGGGAAACUGUGAUGAUGCUAGUUCUAGAGUUCCAGAGGGAUCAUAUGAUAAUCAUGAAAAAGAAGGACUUUGGGAUGAAUUUCAUGAUGAUGAUGAUGACUGUUUUAUUGCUCAAGUGGGAUCUAAUGAUAAUCAUUAUGAAUAUUCUCAUGUAAAAGAAAACGGAUCAUGGGUUGAAUGUGAUGAUGAUGUUGACUGUUCUAUUGCUAAAGUGGGAUCAUAUGAAUAUUCUGCCUUAAUAGAAAAAGGACUUUGGGAAAAGUGUGAUGAUGAUGAUGAUGAUGAACUAUAUUGUAUUGGACAAGAAGAAGAGGUUGGAGAAGAUAUUGAGGCGCUGCUGUGUAAAUCUAUUAAUAAUGGAAGGGUACGGGCAAGGCGUGAUUAUCCAAAGGGCGUUUUUCCUGCAAAUCCAUGUCUUGUCAAAGAAGAAGAGGAGCUCAGGGACUUUGAACAAUAUUCAGAUGGUCAUGAAGAUUUUGCUGUAGGACUUUGGGAAGAGUCUGAUGAUGAUGAACAAUAUUGUACUGGACAAGAAGAAGAAGAAGAACUUGGAGAAGAUUUGGAGGAUUCGAUUUGUUCAUCUUUCAAUAAUGGAAAGGCCCGGGCAAGGCGCGAUUAUCCAAAGGGCGUUUUUCCUCAAAAUCCCGGUGGUCUUGUCAAAGAAGAUGACUUUAGUGACUCUGAACCAUAUUCUGAUGUCAGUUCUAGAGCUCCAGAGAGAUCUUAUGAUAAUCAUGAAAAAGGACAUUGGGAUGAUUUUGAUGAUGAUGACGACUGUUUUAUUGCUGAAGUGGGAUCAUAUGAUAAUCAGUAUGAAUAUUUUCCUGUAAUAGAAAGAGGAUCUUGGCAUGAACUGGAUGAUGAUGAUGGUGAGUGUUCUAUUGCUAAAGAGGGAGCUUAUGAAUAUUCUGCCUUAAGAGAAAAAGGACUAUGGGAAGAGUGUGAUGAUGAUGAUGAACUAUACUGUACUGGACAAGAAGAAGAAGUUGAAGAAGAUUUGGACGCGCCAAUUUGUUCAUCUUUUAAUAAUGGAAGGGCACGGGCAAGGCGCGAUUAUCCAACGGGCGUUUUUCCUGAAAAUCCCGGUCUUGACAAAGAAGAUGAGUUCAGAGACUCUGAACAAUAUUGUGAUGGUCAUGAAGAUUCUGCUCUAGGACUUACGGAAGAGUCUGAUGAUGAUGAACCAUAUUGUAAUGGACAAGAAGAAGAGGAAGUUGGAGAAGAUUUGGAGGCGCCAAUUUGUUCAUCAUUUAAUAAUGGAAAGGUACUGGCAAGGCGAGAUUAUCCAAAGGGCGUUUCCCCCAGCAAUUAUAAUGUAGCGAAGGAGCCAAAGCCAAAGCAUUAUUUGGGGGAACAGAUUAGUUAAUACACUAUUAUAUGGCGUGUUCUUGAGCAGCAGAAGAACUGAAGAGAAGCAUUUAUGCACACAACCAGACAACAAUCAUUUAAAUAUUUGGUGUUUAAACAAUGCGAAGUAUACAGUUUGAUUUGGCCGGUUUAUUCUUAAUAGCAAUUACAUUCAUGAUUCUUUCUAGGCUGACCACUUGAUUUUGGUCUUGUACUGAGAAAUUGAAAGUUUAUAAACAAUGGUAUAUAUAGAUUCAUAAUUUUUACCCUUCCAUUAAAGAUAUAAAUUCCCG